GGAGCAAUGGUCGAAAAGUUAGAGGGAACCAAAAAAGAGUGACAUUACAUCUGUUGAAGACAUCACGAAACUGCUAGAAAAUUUAAUUUGAAGAAUGGUGCGUCUGCUGUCUUUCACUGCAGGGUGCCUUGUGCUCCUGCAUGCACUCGUGGCCGGCUCUCCCCUGCAUACCGAAUUACCUCGUUACUUCCAAGCAAAUCCUCUCACACGUCGGAACCUGAUGGUCAAUACUGUCGAAAACGAAUUGGGUCCUCACCUAUCGAAAGGAUCUCUGAUCUUCGGAUCGUCAAACGCUGCAUAUGCCAACCUAACCUCGUAUUGGAUCACUUACAUACAACCAGAUUUCGAGGUCAUAGUGGAGGUGGCAGCAGAAUCUGAUAUUUCCAAAGUUGUUCGAUAUUGCAGUGACAACAGCAUCGACUUCCUCGUGAGGAAUCGCGGCCAUGGAAUUACCUCGAGUCUGAAUAGCUUCAAGGGUUUGCAGAUCAGCAUGGACAAGCUACAGGGGCUCCAAAUUGAUGCUGCUUCGCAAACAGUCUUACUCCAGGGUGGAGUAUAUGCCGGUCCAGUCAUCGCAGAUCUGUGGGACAAUGGCUGGGUAACCAGUACCGGUGCUGCCUACUGUGUAGGUUUGGUGGGGUUAAGUCUUGGCGGUGGCCAUGGGCGUCUUGAGGGUCUUCAUGGACUCGUUGCAGAUGGCAUUGUGCACUUCAACCUCGUCUUGGCGAACGGUAAUGAGAUUGGAGUUAACGCAACAAGCAAUGCAGAUCUGUUCUGGGCCUUGAAAGGAGCUGGUCACAACUUUGGUGUUGUGACGAGCUACAGAGCCAAGAUCUAUCCAAAGUCUACCCAGACAUGGCAUUACCAUUCUUAUGUCUGGACUGGGGAUAAACUGGAGGCUGUCUUUGAGGCGCUGAAUGAUCUCCACACCAAAGAUAACGGCACAACGCCUGUUUUGAUGAGCUUCGAGACUGGCAUCAUUGCCAUAGAUCUUUCCAUCAGUGACACCGAGCCUGUUCUUAGCUGGUCGUUUGCCUACAAUGGACCGGCAGCAGAUGCUGAAGCCCUCCUUGAACCCUUCAACGCAAUCGGCGCCGCCUCCGAGAAUGUGCAAGAUGUGCCAUAUCCUGACAUUGCCCUUCUUCAAGGCACAGGCGAGCAAAACGGAACAUGUAGCGACGGACCUUACAUUCACUCCACUGAUCUUCUGAUCAAGUACAAUGUAACGGCGCAGCGACAGCUCUACAACCAGUUCGUGCAGAAAAUCACCCAGUACCCCGAUCUCAAAUUCUCUGCUCGUUACGCACACGAAGGGUACUCGAACAAGGCCGUUCAGGCAAUCCCAUCUGACUCUACCGCAUAUCCCCACCGCGAAUCUAACAUUAUCGUAUACUUCCUAGCCGCCGCAGCGCCAGGAUCAUCUGAUCAAGCACCAGCAAAGACCUGGGCCCAAGAGGCACGAGCACUCUGGAUAGGGAAUGAUAAACCACAGACGUAUGUCAAUUAUGCGUCAGGAAAUUCAUACGAAAGCCUACAGUCUGUAUAUGGGUAUGAGCCGUGGCGUUUGAACCGGCUACGUGGGUUGAAGGCGAAAUAUGAUCCGCAUAAUAGGUUCCGCUACUAUGAACCUAUUAUUUCCAAUUGAGCCAUCCUGGAGGAUUGGCGAUGAAAGAAGGCAGUAAGAAGGUGGAGAGUUGGCACACAAAUUAGACUUUUUUGCAUUCAGAAUGCUUCGUAUUUAGAAUGUAUUUUGAUGAUUUUGAACCUUAC